GGCCGCCGCAGUUGUGUUUUAUUCUUGGGCCGAAGAUGCGGGAGACACGGAGCUGACAGCAGAGUGUCCCCCUUCCGGGUUCGGCAGCUCGCCUCCACCAUCUCGUACGCGCCGCCGCCGCCGUCGUCCCGUCCGUCGCCGCAAUCCCCAUCGCGCUUUGAGGUGCGAGCAGGAGCAGCCCGGGCACCGGGGUACGGGAUGAAGAAGAGGAAGAAGGUGGAGGAGGACGAGGAGGAGAAGCAGCCGGCGGCGGAGGAGAGCUCCUGUGGGGUCGAACUGCUGCCGGAGAUCCUCCGGGAGAUCCUGUCGCGGGUGCCGUACCGGUCGCUGUGCCGCUUCAGGUGCGUGUCGAAGGCGUGGCUGGCGCUCUGCUCCGACCCGGCCGUCCGCAGGAGGUCGCCGCAGACGCUCUCCGGCUUCUUCUGCUACUCCCAGCACGACGUCGGCGGCGGCCAGCGCCGUGACGCCCUCGGCUUCCUCAACCUGUCCGGGCGGGGCCGGCCGCUGGUCGACGACCCCUCCCUCCGCUUCGUGCGCGUACGCGGCUACUGCGACGUCACGCCCCUGCACUGCUGCGGCGGCAUCCUCCUCUGCUACUGCGAGAAGGCGGCCAUGAGCGACGACGGGAACUACGUCGUGUGCAACCCUGCCACCAAGGAGAUCUGGGCCGUGCUGCCCGUGCCCCGAAACAAGAUCAUGACACGCCUCAACACCGCCCGCCUCUGCUUCGACCCCGCCGCCCCCGGCCGAUUCGUGGUGUUUGUGUUCGUGCAAAGUUUUCGCGGGAUUCAGACGGUGGAGGCCUAUUCCUCGGACACUGGACGGUGGACCUCCAUGCGGAGCGAGUGGAACCCCAAGACCCUCCUCCUCGGUGAGGAUUCAGAAUGCGUCUUCUUGAACGGCACUUUGCAUUUGGUCGACGCCGACCAUUCUGAUGCCGAUUUUGACUGGGAGGGGAACCUGAUACGCUGGAUGGUGACUGUGGACAUGGAGGGUAAAACAUGGAGGAAGAUCCGAAUGCCGGAUUCCAUCUAUAAUGGUUUCAUCGGGCAGUCGCAAGGACGCCUAUACGCAACGCAUGUUGAAACUGAAGGUAGAUGCCGGCUAUCCGUUUGGGUUCUUGAGGAUUAUGCCAGCGGACAGUGGACCCUGAAGUGUACUGCCAGCAUUUUAGAAAUGCUAGGAAGGCCUCACCAUGAGCCCGGCGAACACUACACGCUGAUCGCGAUCCAUCCAGAGUGCAGUUUGAUCUUCCUAGUAGCGAGCCGUGGAAAAACACUUAUGUCGUACGAUAUGGAUACCAGUAAACUGAGUAUUAUCUGCACUUUCGGAGACCGCCAGCCACGAAGAUUUCAGCCGUACAUUCCGUGUUUUGCGGAGAAGCCUAAAUAAAUUUUGGAGCAGCUUCAUGUUUGCUGAGCAGGCAUGGCUCCAGUGACUUCAUGAGAAUCAGAUGUUGGUAUGGCCCAGAUUUCCUUGAUUUAGGGUGGUGGAUUGGAUAAAUCCUCUUUCUAUCCAUUUGUUUAUUUCAAGUAACUGUAACUUGUUAUCCAUCACUAUCCAUUUAUUUAGUUUAAGUAACUGUAACUUGUGAUCCAUCACAGUUAAAUCAUUGAUGUCACCCUAUUUUGAUGCAUCUGAGAGUAGUAUCCUGUCA